AUGUUUUCAAUGGCUGGAACUGAGUCUUCAAAAGAAAAACCAGUUUUUAGGCUGAAACUUUUUGUCGACAAGGAGAAAAACAAGGUUGUCUUGGCUGAAGUUGGUAAGGAUUUUGUUGAUGUACUCUUUAGUCUUCUGAUACUACCAAUGGGUACCAUUGUGAGAUUGCUGCAGAAGCAUGAGCAGAAUCAAGCAGCCUGUACAAUAGGUUGUUUCAACAAUCUCUACAAAAGUGUUGUUGAUAUGAGCAACGAUGAUUUCUUGACUGAGGCUUGUAAGCAUAUACUCUUGUAUCCGAUGCAUGCCAAAGAGAGGCAAUGCAAACGGCUUAAGCUUAACAUAGAUGACACCGAGGUCAUGAAGUUCUAUAGGUGCCCGGAUUCGGGGAAGUCUCAGUCAUGCUCCAAGGCUUAUAGUAACUUCUGCUCCUUAAAAUGUAUUUGUGGCAAGUUUAUGUCGAAGGAGAUACGAGUAUUUGAAGUUGGCGGUAAGGAAAUAUUUGUUAGCGAGAAGAAGUCCUUCAUUUCAGACAACAUGAAAGUUGGAGUUAGUUCCAUUUCUCUCACCCUCAAGACACUUAGGGAACUCGGUUAUACAGAUCUUGAUAAACUUGAUGAUGUUCUUGUAGACGUUUGUCACAAAGAGGUACUAGCUUUGUUGGAAUGCUUAUUCUCUUCGGAUACUCCCUUGACUGAUGCGUUCUUGAACAAACGAAGCUCAUGUACCAUUACAAAGACGCAUAACAUGCCAAGCCUAGCAUUGCAAAACAAUGGAGGUAAAGCAGAAUCAUCAAGUGAAGCAAUGUCAGUCACUGUAUUCGUUAGGAAGCAAGACAAGAAGGUUCUUUACGCCGAAAGCGGGCAAGACUUUGUGGAUUCACUACUCAUUUUUCUGGCUAUCCCUUUGGAAGCUGCGUGGGAAAUAUCAAGAACCAACAUCGAGAUGGGAUGCAUUGACAACUUUUACACAAGCAUGAAGAGCUUGAGGUCUAGUUCAUCCACAUCAAAGCUUCCUGCGAACUAUAACUUCCAGACAUCUCUGCUUGAUGUCUGUAGCAAAGUUUGCAGUGCGUGGACAGUGCCAAUACACUCUCAAAGCUAUGAUUUGAAACUGAUGUAUCCGAACUAUGAUGGAAGUUCUGAAUCAACCGUUCAUGGUAGAAGUGGGCUUGUAAAGAAAGGGACAACGUAUAUGAUUUCAGAUGAUCUUACUAUCUCAUCUGCAAACUCUUCUUCAACUAUCAGCAUUUUGAAGAAGUGGAAUGUUGACUUGGAUGACAUUGAGGAGCAUGUAAUCAACAUUACCAAAACAGAGGCUAUUGGUUUACUAAGAGCUUCAUUGAUGACAUCCACUGCAUUGACCACUGCUUUAGGGAGCUUACUUCUAAAGAAGCCAAAAGAUGAGAAACUCUAA